GUCAAAAUGGCCGAUCAACUUUAGUUCAAAUUAUCAAAUCCUGCAAGUUCACAUUACAAUCACGUUAAUUUGAGACAUGAAGAUAGAAACACCGGCACAGCUGUAUAGAUUUAUUUUAAGAUCAUUUAAAAGUCUUCCAAAAGAUACGAAGGAAUUUUAUUCACAUCAAGCAAAACAGUCAUUUAGAAGCCAUUCUGAUGAAACUAAUCCAGAAAGAAUUAAACAGAUUAUAGAAAGAGCUAUAGAAGAUACCAAAUGGAUUGUUGAUAAGUAUAAAAAAUCCUAAGACUUAAAAUGGAAAAUGAAGACAAUGAAAUAAAGGUGAAUAAGAAUUGGUUUUGUUGAUGAAAGGAAGAAGAAAUUUAACCAUGGUGUCUAGGACCAGUUAUGUAGGCUGCUUGUAUUUUUUUUGUGAAUAAAGAAGUGGAUAGCUA